AUGUCAAAGACACCUGGAUCAGGGGAUGAAAAUGAUGAUGAUACCAUCUCAGAAGAUAAUGGUUUUUCUUCCCCCAAUCCCUCAGCUGCUGCUGCUGCUCAGGAGGUCAGAUCUGCCACUGAUGGUAAUACCAGCACCACUCCGCCCACCUCUGCCAAGAAGAGAAAGUUAAAUAGCUGCAGCAGCAGCAGUAGCGGCAGUAACAGUAGUAACGAGAGAGACGACUUUGAUUCUACCUCUCCCUCCUCUUCCACUCCUCCUUUACCACCUAGGGAUUCGGCAUCCCCUUCAACCUCGGCUUUCUGCGUGGGGGUUUCGUUGGCUGCUUCCAGCCACGUACCAAUACAGAAGAAGCUGCGCUUUGAAGACACCCUGGAGUUUGUAGGUUUUGAUGCGAAGAUGGCUGAGGAAUCCUCCUCCUCCUCCUCCUCAUCUUCACCAACUGCUGCAACAUCUCAGCAGCAGCAGCAACUUAAAAAUAAGAGUAUAUUAAUCUCUUCUGUGGCUUCAGUGCAUCACGCAAAUGGCCUGGCUAAAUCUUCUACAACCGCCUCUAGCUUUGCUAACAGCAAGCCUGGCUCUGCUAAGAAGUUAGUGAUCAAGAACUUUAAAGAUAAGCCUAAAUUACCAGAAAACUACACAGAUGAAACAUGGCAGAAACUGAAAGAAGCAGUGGAAGCUAUCCAGAAUAGUACUUCGAUUAAGUACAAUUUAGAAGAACUCUAUCAGAUCAUGAUCAGGAGCAUUUUUUUGUUUCUGGAUAGAACUUAUGUUCUUCAGAAUUCAAUGCUACCCUCCAUUUGGGACAUGGGACUGGAGUUAUUUAGGGCUCAUAUUAUAAGUGAUCAAAAAGUCCAGACUAAGACAAUUGAUGGCAUUCUUCUGUUGAUUGAGAGGGAAAGGAACGGUGAAGCAAUUGAUAGAAGUUUACUCCGAAGCCUUUUAAGCAUGCUCUCUGACUUGCAAAUUUACCAGGAUUCUUUUGAACAACGAUUUUUGGAAGAAACUAACCGGCUUUAUGCAGCUGAAGGCCAAAAAUUAAUGCAGGAAAGAGAGGUUCCUGAAUAUCUUCAUCAUGUUAACAAACGUCUAGAAGAAGAAGCAGACAGACUUAUUACUUACUUAGAUCAGACGACCCAGAAGUCAUUAAUCGCUACUGUAGAAAAACAGCUUCUUGGUGAACACUUAACAGCAAUUCUUCAGAAAGGUUUAAAUAACCUUCUUGAUGAAAACCGAAUUCAAGAUUUAUCUCUUCUGUAUCAGCUCUUUAGUAGAGUUCGAGGGGGAGUUCAGGUUCUCUUGCAACAGUGGAUUGAAUACAUUAAGGCAUUUGGCAGCACAAUUGUAAUUAAUCCUGAAAAAGAUAAAACCAUGGUUCAAGAAUUGCUGGAUUUUAAAGAUAAGGUUGACCAUAUUAUUGAUAUCUGUUUCAUGAAGAAUGAAAAAUUUAUCAACGCCAUGAAAGAAGCAUUUGAAACAUUCAUUAACAAGAGACCAAACAAACCUGCCGAACUUAUAGCUAAGUAUGUAGAUUCAAAGCUUCGUGCCGGCAACAAAGAAGCUACAGAUGAGGAACUUGAAAAAAUGUUGGAUAAAAUUAUGAUCAUAUUUAGAUUUAUCUAUGGCAAGGAUGUUUUUGAGGCCUUCUAUAAGAAAGAUUUAGCCAAACGCCUGUUAGUUGGGAAGAGUGCAUCUGUAGAUGCUGAAAAAUCAAUGCUCUCAAAACUUAAACAUGAAUGUGGAGCUGCUUUCACCAGCAAACUUGAAGGAAUGUUUAAAGACAUGGAACUUUCUAAAGACAUCAUGAUUCAGUUCAAACAGUAUAUGCAGAACCAGAAUGUACCUGGGAAUAUUGAAUUAACUGUGAAUAUCCUAACAAUGGGUUAUUGGCCAACAUAUGUGCCUAUGGAAGUCCAUUUACCGCCAGAGAUGGUAAAACUUCAGGAGAUUUUUAAGACAUUUUACCUAGGCAAACAUAGUGGCAGGAAACUUCAAUGGCAGUCGACCCUAGGACACUGUGUGUUAAAGGCAGAAUUUAAAGAGGGUAAAAAAGAACUCCAAGUGUCUCUUUUUCAAACACUGGUGCUGUUGAUGUUUAAUGAGGGAGAAGAGUUCAGUUUAGAAGAGAUCAAGCAGGCUACUGGAAUAGAGGAUGGCGAGUUAAGGAGAACACUGCAGUCUUUGGCCUGUGGCAAAGCUAGAGUUCUGGCAAAAAAUCCGAAGGGCAAAGAUAUCGAAGACGGUGACAAGUUCAUUUGUAACGAUGAUUUCAAACACAAACUUUUCAGGAUAAAGAUCAACCAAAUUCAAAUGAAAGAAACGGUUGAGGAACAAGCAAGCACUACAGAAAGAGUAUUUCAAGACAGACAGUAUCAAAUUGAUGCUGCAAUUGUUCGAAUUAUGAAGAUGAGGAAGACACUUAGCCACAAUCUCCUGGUUUCAGAAGUGUACAACCAGUUGAAAUUUCCAGUAAAGCCUGCUGAUCUUAAGAAGAGAAUAGAAUCCUUAAUUGACCGGGACUACAUGGAAAGAGAUAAAGAAAACCCAAAUCAGUACAACUACAUUGCAUAA